CCCCCCUAAUACAACAGGUGAGAAACUGCACCUGGGGGGGAGGGUACAGAGAAAAGGGAUGAGGGGUGGCAUGGAGCGAUCCUGGUGAAGCUGGUUACCUCCUGGAAAAGGUAGGAGAACUUUUGCUGCUGUUGAUCACAGAGGAUCCCGUUCAACGUUGAUCCACUAGGGGGGUCCUGGAGUUUUGGUUAGGAAGAACAGAGGACUUCCUGCUCCCCUUACAAUGACUUUGGGAACCGAGAUGUCUGAUAACUCCAUGCUCUCUGAAGACACCGACAUUGAUGUGGUCGGCGACUUGAGUGUUAAAGAUGGGAAAUAUUCUGAUUACCACUCAGACAACGACUCUGAUGAUAAUGUCUCCAGAAACCACCGAGGGGACACUGCCUCCCCGGACCUGUCCUCGGUAUCGGACUCUAACUCUAGAGGAGUGGAAAAGAACCCCAAAAACACCCUGGUGAAGCCUCCUUACUCUUAUAUAGCCCUGAUCACCAUGGCUAUCCUGCAGAGCCCCAAGAAGAGGCUGACUCUGAGUGAGAUCUGUGAGUUCAUCAGUAACCGUUUCCCUUAUUACAGGGAGAAGUUCCCAGCCUGGCAGAACUCCAUCAGGCACAACCUCUCCCUCAAUGACUGCUUUGUCAAAAUCCCCAGGGAACCUGGUAACCCUGGCAAGGGUAACUACUGGACUUUGGACCCUGAGUCUGCAGACAUGUUUGAUAAUGGCAGCUUCUUAAGGAGGAGAAAGAGGUUCAAAAGACAGCAAAGUACAGAGAUCCUAAGGGACCCCAGCAGCUUCAUGCCAGCCUUUGGAUAUGGGCCCUAUGGCUAUAAUUAUGGACUCCAGCUUCAGAACUACCACCAACACCACCCAGGUGCCACCUUCCCUUUUCAACCUACUCAUUGCCCCAUAGCCCCACCAUCCUCUAUGUUCUCCAACACAGGUCUAUCUCCUUACAUUGGCGGAGAUCUGAACAGGAAAUCCUUUUAUUCUCACCUCAGUCCUUCUUUACCCAUCCUACAGACACUUAAGACAGAUGGGCAGAGUCGCCCUUCUUUUUCCAUAGACAACAUAAUCGGAGGAUCUUCCCCAUCAAGCAACCCAACAACCCCAUACACAGCCCAGCCAGGGAGCCAGGCACAAGUCAUAACAAUGUUAACCCCUUCAUUGGCUCCCAUGCAAAAUCAUUUAAACAUGGCACAUGACAGUAUUUUACAAUCUGGACAAAACUUUUCCAGUAAACUCACAAACCUUAAUGGCUGUCACUUUUAAUAUAGAUAUAUAUACAUAUAUGUCUAAUGAAAACAUUUCACAACCUGUGUAUUUAAGGUAGGAUUUCUCUUUUUUUGUAAUAGAACUUUUGACUUCAGCAAAACCUCCUUGAUUUCUUCCCUUGUCCCUUUUUUUGAGAGAACGUUUAUUAAAAGUCUAUUUAUAAAAAAUGUAAAUAUUUAAUGAGAGAUGUAUGUAACUGUUUUCAGAUCCUUAUGUAAAUAUAAUUGUGUCCUUAGGACUAUUGUCACAGUGGCAAUAGCUAGGAGAAGUGGACUGUAUGUUAACACUGGUUACCCAUUUCAUUGAAAUUAGACCUGUAAUUGGAUCAAUGUCAAGACUCCAUAGCCGCUCUGGUACUUAAAUGGUUAAACCCCAUCGAAUUUACGGCUCUUAAAUUUUCCCCUCAACUUAAAUUGUUAUUGAUCAAUUGUUUAACUCUUAUGGAAUCGAUUAGUAGUAAAUACUAAUAGCAGAAGCAAAAUCUCCGAAGGUAAAGCUCACUUAGUUUAUGAAAUAUUAGUCUAAAUGUCAAAUGCCACUUUUUUAAUUGUGUGAUAUGUGUAUAUGUAAUUAUGUAUAUAUCAGUGGGGAGGCUGUGUACAACACAAUUUUUUUUCCCCUUAUCACAUCCUCCAUUUCAAUUUUUGUGUCCAGAUUUUAUUCUUGGAUGUGUGAAUAAUUAAUUGGUUUAUGUGAAAAAAACACGAUUGUCCACAAUUUGGUUAAAACGAAAUAAAUGUCUGAAUUCUAAAA